GACAAGCUGGCCAACGAGAAGACGGAGAUGCAGCGCCAUUACGUGAUGUAUACGAGAUGUCCUACGGCUUGAACAUUGAAAUGCACAAACAGACGGAGAUUGCGAAGAGGCUGAAUACGAUUUUAGCCCAGAUCAUGCCUUUCCUGUCGCAAGAGCACCAGCAGCAGGUGGCUCAGGCCGUGGAACGCGCCAAGCAGGUCACCAUGACGGAGCUGAACGCCAUCAUCGGGCAGCAACUCCAGGCCCAGCACCUGUCCCACGCCACGCACGGCCCCCCGGUCCAGCUGCCACCCCACCCGUCGGGCCUCCAGCCUCCUGGGAUCCCCCCCGUGACGGGGGGCAGCGCCGGGCUGCUGGCCCUCGGCGCCUUGGGCGGCCAGGCCCACCUGGCUGUGAAGGACGAGAAGAGCCAUCACGAACUGGACCACAGAGAGAGAGACUCCAGCGCGAAUAACUCGGUGUCGCCCUCUGAAAGCCUCCGGGCCAGUGAGAAGCACCGCGGCUCCGCGGACUAUGGCAUGGAAGCCAAGAAAAGGAAAGCCGAGGAGAAGGACAGCCUGAGCCGAUACGACAGCGACGGGGACAAGAGUGAUGACCUGGUGGUGGAUGUCUCGAAUGAGGACCCAACCACGCCCCGGGUCAGCCCCGCCCACUCCCCUCCCGAGAACGGCCUGGACAAGGCACGGGGUCUGAAGAAGGACGCCCCGGCCAGUCCCGCCUCGGUGGCCUCCUCCAGCAGCACACCGUCCUCCAAGACCAAAGAGCUUGGUCAUAACGACAAGUCCUCCACGCCGGGGCUCAAGUCCAACACGCCGACGCCGCGGAACGACGCCCCCACGCCGGGCACCAGCACCACCCCAGGGCUGCGGGCCAUGCCCGGGAGGCCUCCGGGCGCGGACCCCAUAGCCUCGGCCCUGCGCGCCCCCAUCUCCAUCACCGGCUCCUACGCCGCCGCCCCCUUCGCCAUGAUGAGCCACCACGAGAUGAACGGCUCCCUCACCAGCCCCAGUGCCUACGCCAGCCUCCACAACAUCCCGCCCCAGAUGAGCGCCGCCGCCGCCGCCGCCGCCGCCGCCUACGGCCGGUCGCCCAUGGUUGGUUUUGACCCUCACCCCCCGAUGCGGGCCACGGGCCUGCCCUCCAGCCUCGCCACCAUUCCCGGAGGAAAACCGGCGUACUCCUUUCACGUGAGCGCCGACGGGCAGAUCCAGCCCGUGCCCUUCCCCCACGAUGCCCUGGCGGGCCCCGGCAUCCCCAGGCACGCCCGGCAGAUCAACACCCUGAGCCACGGGGAGGUGGUGUGCGCCGUGACCAUCAGCAACCCCACCCGGCACGUCUACACGGGGGGCAAGGGCUGCGUGAAGAUCUGGGAUAUCAGCCAGCCGGGCAGCAAGAGCCCCAUCUCCCAGCUCGACUGCCUGAACAGGGACAAUUACAUCCGCUCGUGCAAGCUGCUGCCGGACGGGCGCACGCUCAUCGUGGGCGGCGAGGCCAGCACGCUCACCAUCUGGGACCUGGCCUCGCCCACGCCCCGCAUCAAGGCCGAGCUGACCUCCUCCGCGCCCGCCUGCUACGCCCUGGCCAUCAGCCCCGACGCCAAAGUCUGCUUCUCCUGCUGCAGCGACGGCAACAUCGCCGUCUGGGACUUGCACAACCAGACGCUGGUCAGGCAGUUCCAGGGGCACACGGACGGGGCCAGCUGCAUCGACAUCUCCCACGACGGCACCAAGCUGUGGACGGGAGGCCUGGACAACACGGUGCGCUCCUGGGACCUGCGCGAGGGCCGGCAGCUGCAGCAGCACGACUUCACCUCACAGAUCUUCUCUCUGGGGUACUGCCCCACCGGGGAGUGGCUGGCUGUGGGCAUGGAGAGUAGCAACGUGGAGGUGCUGCACCACACCAAGCCGGACAAGUACCAGCUGCACCUGCACGAGAGCUGCGUGCUGUCCCUCAAGUUCGCCUGCUGUGGCAAAUGGUUCGUGAGCACCGGGAAAGACAACCUCCUCAACGCCUGGCGGACCCCGUACGGGGCCAGCAUCUUCCAGUCGAAAGAAUCCUCCUCCGUGUUGAGCUGUGACAUUUCGGCGGAUGACAAAUACAUUGUAACGGGCUCCGGUGACAAGAAGGCGACGGUUUAUGAGGUCAUCUACUGAACAAGGACUCUCUGACUCUGGGAGACGCCGCCCCGUGGCUCUGGCGGGGGGCCCAGGAGGCCGCGGGCAGCAAGUGUGGGGUGCCGCCCACACGCAGAGGGCACGCACCCCCUCCCCAGCCCCCCGCAGGGCCCCCCCGCCCACCCCCCCGGGUGCCCGGCUGCAGGACUUUCUCCUCACCCCCCUUCACAGUGCUGGCAGAUGCUACAAAUAGAUUUAUUUUGGAGGCCUUGGCUCCGGUUCCCCCAGACACUGUCACGCGUCUCUGUCCCUCCCUCCCCUUUCUACUGACUGACCUGCCCUCCCCACCCCACCCCCCACCCCCUUCCAGGACACUGGAGCUGACCGCGGGGGAGGGGAGGGAG